UGUUAAUUUGCUGGUAUAUAACAUUUAUUUGUCCAUCCAUUCACGUGUUCCUUUGCUCAAAACUAACGACUCGCUCAUUUUUUAAAAAAAGUUGUGUUCCAGUGCUAAAAUCAAAGCAAAAUGGUUCUUUGUCCAAAAUGACAACUGUCAAACGGGAAAAGUGAUACAGGAAAAGCGUUGCCUUAACACGAUUAUUGAGGAACAAAUAGUAUAGUUUGGAACGAAAAUGCACCAGAAACCUUUAUUCAACAAGAGACUUUACAAGGCUCAAGCUGGAAUAGCGAUAUCAAAGCAAGCAAGCGAAAUUCUCCAACGUGAUCCAAAAAAGCCACGAAAUAAAACCGAACUUCUGAUCAUCCGCCCAAUCGUAAGUGGACUAAAGGAAAUUCACAAAAAUCUUGAGUUUGUCAAAACGGCGUUGAGCCACGCCAUCACCUUCAAAAAGCACGAGUCCAAUAUUACGAUAGAGAAAGAAAGUCAUGAAACACAAAUGUCUUGCUAUUACAUUCUUUUUGGUUCUGUUGAAUCACUUUAUAGUGUAAAAAAUGAAAACACUACUAACACUAAUGGAGAAGAAGAACUGAUAUCUUAUACAAACAUAGCAGGUGACUACAUAGGUCUACUAUCUGCCGAUGGACCAAAUUUCGAUCUGCCAACUCCAGAAUUCAUUGCCACAAUUGGAAACUGUGAAUUUCUCAGAAUUGAUCGUGCUAUAUUUCACGAAAAGAUCGAAGAGGGACAAAAACAAUUUCGUUGUGAGAUAACAAGGUUUUUAAAUGAAAACAGUUUAUUUCGUGAAAUAACAGAAGAUGAUCAACAGAAGCUUGUGGGACAAAUGGUGAAGCAAGAGUUUUCAGCCGGAAAAGAGAUUUUAAUUCAAGGACAAAAACAAGAGCAUGCGUUUUUUGUCGUUGAGGGACGCUGUGCGUAUUUUAGACGAGUUUAUUUUCCAGAUCAAAAUCGCAGCGAGCUUUUUAAAAUGUGUUAUAUUGAAAAAGGUUCUUAUUUUGAUGCAUCUUGCGUCAUUGAUGGAAAAAGUAGUAAAUACUCGGUGUAUACAGUUGGACUGGUAACGUGCUUCUUGUUAAACAAAUGGACGAUGAAAAACACUGAAAGUUUGCUGCUUGCUAUGAAGAAAAACAGGCCAAAAUUUCCAAAUGAUGAGGAGCUUAAGAGUCUGGUAAAAGAAAGCAAUAAAUGGCAAAACUUCAAAAGAGAGUGCGUUUGCUUGGCAAAGUCAAGUAAGCCAAAAAGCCAAAUUAUGCCUCAACUACGAAGAGUGGACAGACAAAGGAAACAAACAGAAAAAGAAGAUACGAAAAUGAGGGCGAAUAAAAUUAGCUCAGGAUCUAACCUGGCCAAUGACAAUCGGAUGGCAAAAAAAUGUAAAGGACUAGACGGAGAAACAAAAUCUUUUGUUCAGAAUGCAUUGUUAUCAAGACGAUCCAGAAAAUCUAAAAAUUCCAAUAAAAAAGACGUUGAGUUAGAAAAGCAAACCGAUGAAAACAUUGCAAAUAGGACAAAAAUUCUGGAGCACAGCUCAAAGAAACAAAGCGUAGCAAUGAGCUACAGUAAAAUCUGCAGUGCAAAUACGCAGAAUUCAUCGAUGGAGACGCAACUCGUUGAUGGAUACAGUGAACGACAUAGCGUAGAUGGUGAAUGUAAGUAUGUGGGCAUGGACAAAGAUAAAACAUCCACGAAAGUUACCACUCAUUGGGAAUGGACAAAUACAAGCUUAUCACAAUUUGAAAAUCACUCACUGAUAAAUUUAGAAGACACCACUGAAGCUAAAGCACCCAAUAUUGUCUUGCCCACGCACAAAAUGUCUGAGGAAAGGCCAAAGAGAGGCGAACAUUGGGUGUCAAGUGAAAAAAAGUUUAAAGUGAAGGAAAUUGUAAAUAUGAAACUCCCAAGCAGGCGGACCCUGUCAAAUAUGGAAUAUCGAAGACACGAGCCAAGUAUGUUUUCUGACUUUGAUUAUUUAAAAAAAUUGGAAAUUAAAACAGACGUAGAUCCAUUUGUUCAAAAGGAAAAGAAUAGACAAUGGCUACGAGAUGCUAAAAAGAGAUUUGCAUAUGGUGGUAGGAAGUAUAGUCCAGGAAAGAGUCCCAUCAUAGUCAUCGAAGAACUUUGUCUUGAUAUGAAAGACAAGGAAAACAACCAUGAAUUGAAAGCAACAAGACUGCAAACAUUACAUGAAGAUAAAGAUGAGGAAAAUAUUGCUGCAAGCAAAAAUGUGUGGGCGACGUCUAUACACGAAAGUCACUUCGAAGCUGCGCAGUCUGCUGAGAAGGCAAAAUCAGACAUUGCAGAGUUGAAAAAUCAACUGAUUCAACUUGGAUGGACUCACAAAAUGCUAGCUGAACAAACGAAAAAAAGAAGAGAAAUACGUAGGAACAUCUCUGUCACAAGCAAUACAAAUGGUGAAACAGAAGAUGAGAAAGACUUCACUGAAAACCUCGACAAAAAAACAACUGAACGUAAACACAAAGUUCUGAGACGUCAAGUAUCCAUACAUAAGAUCCUUGAAGGACAUUCAGGGAAGUCCUAUAGAAGACAUAAAAGUGCCCCGGAUGCAAAAUCACUGAUGGGACGAAGAAUAUCGUUAAGUCAACAAUGCUCAACUGCUUUGUUUGGAGAGAAAAAUGGAGGCAGAACGAUCAAGAAGCGAAGAAAUUUUACAGUGUCAUAACCAGUGUCACCUCACAGGUGUUAUUCAUGAAUACCUGGUAAAAACAUAACUUAUUGAUAUGUUUCAUUUAAGCCACAAUACAACUAAGUUCUUGAUGUUAUAACAGCAAACUGUGAAAAAAUAACUCAUUGGUAAUUGAGGCUUUCUUCUUUGACUCAAACUCAAAUGGUCUCUAAAGUAUGGCAUCAAAUGUUGGUGUUGAUUCAGUACUUUAGUAAUACUAGUGUCAAUCAUUCUCCCAAUAACAUUUCUCAAACCAAUGUUUAAAGUUUUUUAGAAAUGAUAAAUGAUAAAAUCUUUGUCCUCCGUUCACUUAA